CGGGAGAAGCGGUCUGUAGCCGCCGCUUGACUCGACCAGAUGAACAUCAAUCAAUCAAGCUGUGACAAUACGUCAACCAAGCGCUAUCUUCUCGAUAUAUUUAGUGCGUAACACGGUGUAAACUUGAUGUUUCUCAGUGUGACGGUGGCAAAAAGAAUGUAACGUCGAAGAAUGAGUCCGCCAGCCGGCUUUAAUCGAGUCGGAUUAUUGUUAAAAUGGAGAAAGGACGGUUGCAGCGGCAGAACGGGAGGGGGCGUGGCCUACGGGUUUAGAAAUUCUAUCCAUUGUUCCACUCCACCACGCGGAGAGAACACCUCUGUGGAGCCUUUAGCCAAUUAGCAGGCGCAGCCCUCCUCUAAUCUCCGCCCACAAGCCUAUAUUAAAGGCUCGGCCGUCAGCAGCAUUGGCCACUGGCACUGUAUAAUACCAAUUGAUCCGAGAAGCGAGGGAAGGGAUUUACUUUAUUCAACCUUUCAUUUCAGCCGUCCUUUAUUUUAUUCAACUUAAACAAUGGCAGACACACAACAUGACACCAGCUCGGGUAUCUCUUCCAAGGACUUGAAGGAGAAGAAGCUGGUGGAGGAGAAGGAGAACGGCAGGGAUGCUGCCACCAACGGAAAGGAGAAUGAGGAGAACGGUGACCCCGAGGUAGAUGAUGAGGAAGAGGAGGAGGUGGACGAGGAGGAUGAGGAAGAUGAUGGAGAAGGCGAAGAGGAAGACGAAGAGGAGGAUGAAGAUGAGGCAGAGGGCGGCACAAAACGGGCAGCUGAGGAGGACGAGGAGGAUGAGGAGGAUGACGUCGAACCCAAGAAGCCGAAACUCGUCAACGACGAUUGAUGCGUUUUCCCUCGCGCC